ACCCACGGCGCUGCUCAGCCAGAGUCCAGCACAGGCACACGCCUCCCCCUGCCCCUGUUCCCAGGAGCGUGCGGGAAGUGGGUCAGGAUCGGGGAGAGAUCGCAUCCCGAAGGAGGGAGGUGGGGGGCUUGCCCCCUCCAUGGAACAUGGGGGUGCCAUGAGGCAUCUAUGGAUGGUCCCCCCAAAGCAGGGCAGAAAGGAUCUCAGGCCAGGAUGGAAAUGGGGGGGCCUGCGCCCCCAACAUGGAGAUUCUGGGGUGCAACCUUGCUUAACAGGAGGCACUUUCUGUGGUGAGUGAGGACCAGUCCAUAUUCGACCCCCCCUACCUCAUGAAGACAGAGGUGCCCCCUGCCGAGGACUACAACAGCAAGGAGAGGCCGGCGCUGGGGGAGCCGGACUGGUCCAGUCAGACCAGCAGGGGGCAAUCUGUGAAGAGGGAGAAUGAGAAUGUCAACUGCUCCAGACAGUCCUCCGUGGACUGCAGUGUAUCCAGACGCAGCAAAUCUGGGAGCGACCCGCACCCCAUCCCCUACCCAGCCAGUUACAGCGACCAGCGGAGCAGCCCCCCAGCCAACCCCCCCAGCGAGGAGAAGAGGGUUAUCGUCCCAGCUGACCCUGGUGUGUGGACCCAGGACCACGUGCGCCAAUGGCUGGACUGGGCGGUGAAGGAGUAUGGGCUGGAGGAGGUGGACGUGGGCCUGUUCCAGCACGUGGACGGCAAGGAGCUGUGCAAGAUGGGCAAGGAGGAUUUCCUGCGCCUCACCUCGCCCUACAACGCCGACGUGCUGCUGUCCCACCUGGCCUACCUGCGGCAGAGCAGCCCGACCUUCACGUACCCGGCUGCCCCAGCUGUGACCCCCCAGCCCCCCGCACCCCCAGCACGUGUGCAAGUGAAAACAGAGUCCCCCUACGAGGAAAUCAGGCGAAGCAGCUGGAGCGGCUCCCUCAGUGGAGGCCCCAAAGGGUCCCCCCCCCAGAUCCAGGGGGUGAAUCGGACGAGUGACUCCCCACGGAUCGUAACAGGUGAGUGCCUCUGCUUAGGGAGUGGGGAGAGAUCACCACCAUAGCUAGGCCCCUCUCUGCCCCAUGGAUGGCCCCCUGCCCCACACCGCUAGGCCAGGGAGUGCCACAAAGCCAUGGAGGGGGGCACUGAAUUCCUCUUGGGGGAUAUGUCGGCCCCCAAACAGGACGAGGUUUAGGGGUGCGUA